CGGAGCACUGUGUGGGCGACGCCGAGGCUCCGCUGGGUCUGUGGGCGGAGGUGCGUGGCGAUCCUCUGAGCUGCAGGGGAGAGUGCGGUGCGUGGAAGACCGCGGGGUUCGGAAUAAAGAGCGGAGAGGAAGGAGAGGCCCGGCACCUGUCCUCCGGGCCCUGGGGUCAGGGCGCUGUCCCGCAUUUCCUGGAGCUCUUCGUGGCGUGCCGGGCAGCUGUCCCGCGCUGUCUCCUCGUGGAUUCCUUCUGGGGUGUCGCCCUGCGCCCAGGCGUUCGGGCCGGAGGGUUAAUUUGGGGGAUUUUUGAGGUCAUCUGCACCUUCUGACUGGAAAAAAGAUGGUCAACGUCUUGAAAGGAGUGCUUAUAGAAUGCGAUCCUGCCAUGAAGCAGUUUCUACUGUACUUGGAUGAGUCCAAUGCCCUGGGGAAGAAGUUCAUCAUUCAAGAUAUCGAUGACACUCAUGUCUUCGUAAUAGCAGAGUUGGUUAAUGUCCUCCAGGAGCGAGUAGGUGAAUUAAUGGACCAAAAUGCUUUUUCUCUUACCCAGAAAUAAAAU